CCCUCGUCCCGCCGCUCUCCCCUCGUCCCGCCGCUCCCCUGCUCCCUCUCCGGCCCCCGCGGCGCCCGGAGCGGGGGUGGCACCGGGAGAAGACUCGCGCUGAGACCCGCGCGUCGUGAGGAGAAACGGCCGCUGCUGCCGCCGCCUGUGGGGGUGAUCUCGGUCCCCCCUCAGGGCGUCCUUGAUCCUUCCCAGUAUUAUCGGCUUCCCUCAGCGUGAUGGCGGAGGAUAUGGCAUCCACAAUGAUGGAAGAUCUCUGCUUGCACAUCAACUCGAAGAUUUCAAAUAUUAAAAAGUCCUUUCAAUUAAAAAAAUUAGGUGAAGAAAAAUGCCUCAAACCUUAUGUCCGUAAAAUAGGAAAAGACAUGAUCCUCUUGAAUGAUCUCCUGGAUAAAAUGGAAAAUGAAGUUAAUCAGCAAGAAAAACUGAAGAAUUUGCUACAAGAGCUCCAGCAGGCUGGUGAGAGAGAUCUAAAUGAAGCACAGCACCUCCUUGAACACGUUCCUCCCCACCUGCCUAAGCCAACUCAGAGCUGCGUCACCGUGCCAACUGUGAAACACGAAGAACAAACAAAAGUGGGAGAACCUGAACCUGCUCAGAAACCUGCAAAAGAGAAAAGAGUCGUUAAAGAAAUACCGUUAAUAAUGGCGGAAGAAUUUGAAGCUGUUCCUGCGUAUCUGAAAGGUCGUUUAGCGUAUGAUCAGAUUAAUGCAGUUGUUCAAGAGAUUAACAAGGCUGUCGUGGAGAAGUACAAGAUCAUGCAUCGGCCUUUGAAAUCUAUGUGUUUUGCAGUCAGAAAUCUCUACAACAGGUUCAUGGAAGAAGAAACUAAAGAUACUAAAGGUGAAUUUUUUAUUGUGGAGGCUGAUAUCAAGGAGUUCACCCAGCUGAAGCUGGACAAGCGCUUCCACAACAUCCUGAACAUCCUGAGGCACUGCCACAGAGUGAGAGAAGUUCGUGGCUCAAACCUGGUCCGCUACAUCAUCUGCUAACAAGCUUCCCAUGGUCUGCCUGCCUGUCUGUGUGCACUCCUCUCCAUCUCUCUUGUUUUCUGGAAGGCAGGAGUGAGGAAAGAGGGGCAGUAUCAAACGGCCUUGAGGUUAUUUGAGUUUUGUUUCGAAAAGUUGAGGGGAACUACUCUCUUUUGGUAAGUUACAAAUUCAAACCAGAAAGGCAACUGGUUACAGGCAGCUUUAGUCACAUUUUAAUGUCAGCACAUGAAAGUUGAAUGCUCUGCAUGUUAAUAAUUUUCUUUUUGCUUUUAUGAGUUGGAGAUUGUAUUAAAGACUCUGGGGCUACUCAAAGGAA